CUGCUUCUCACUUCUCCCGCCCCAACACAGUUUGCCCUUCUUUCUACUCGCCUUCUUUCUCGCCGUCGCAUUUAUUUUCGAUGAGCCAUUGGAUUAAAACUGAACUCAAGUGAUAGGGCUUACUCCAAAGUUUGAAACCAAAGGUCUGGUGCGUCUCGCUCUUCUCGGCCUACAGCUCUCUCCAGCCGGUGAGUCUCCGGCGGAUCAAGGACACUGGUUCUUCUGAAGUAAACGGUUUUCCUGCGUUUUCUCGUACUUCCUCGACAGCUUUCUGAGGAAUUCCCGACCAGACAGGUUUAGUGUCGAAAGCUAGGUUUACUCAAUUGAGUUGACAUGUCAAAUCGGCCCGAGUUACAAGCGCCGCCUGAGAUAUUUUACGACGAUGCCGAGGCCCGAAAGUACACUUCUUCUUCUCGUAUCGUCGAAAUUCAGGCAGAGCUUUCGGAGAGAGCUCUAGAGCUUCUAGCUUUGCCUGAUGAUGGAGUUCCCAGAUUGCUUCUCGAUAUUGGCUGUGGAUCAGGGCUUAGUGGGGAGACGCUAUCUGAAAAUGGACACCAGUGGAUUGGUUUAGACAUCUCACAAUCAAUGCUUAAUAUUGCAUUGGAGCGCGAAGUAGGAGGUGAUUUAUUACUUGGUGACAUGGGACAGGGCUUAGGAUUUCGUCCUGGAGUUAUUGAUGGGGCCAUUAGUAUCUCUGCUGUUCAGUGGUUGUGCAAUGCUGACAAGUCCUCGCAUGAGCCUCGAUUGAGACUGAAGGCUUUCUUCGGUUCAUUAUAUAGAUGCUUGGCUAGGGGAGCAAGAGCUGUUUUCCAAAUAUAUCCUGAGAAUCUAGCUCAGCGGGAACUGAUUUUAAGUUAUGCCAUGCGUGCUGGAUUUGCUGGAGGUGUGGUUAUUGACUACCCCCACAGUACCAAGAAAAGAAAAGAAUACCUCGUUCUUACUUGUGGUCCUCCAUCUGUAAGCACAGCCGUUCCUAGAGGGAAGGGGGAAGAUGGAGAAAGUACCUCUGAUGAUGAGAGCAGUGGAGAUGAACCUGAGACGGUUUGCAUUUCAGAUAGGCAUAGGCCUAGGAAAAAGCAGAAGAUUACAAAGAAAGGCAAGGGUAGAGAAUGGGUCUUGAGGAAGAAAGAACAGAUGAGAAGAAAAGGCAAUACUGUGCCUCCAGACAGUAAAUACACAGCUCGAAAACGAAAGGCUCGAUUUUGAUCUCCACCUUGCAUUAUGUACCUUAUGGGAAGCUCUCUCAUUUUGCAUGUUUUACUCUUCAUACUGCUUUGUUCAACUAAAAUUACUAUUUCGUUGGUGAAUGUAAUGUUUAAAUAUUUUGCAUUUAUUGGAAUCCUAAAAUUUUGGAAAGAGGAUUUCUUCUUUUCUGGA